UCGUCAAGGGAUUCAAGCGGAAUGCUACAUGUGUUUUGGUUUUCUUUGUAAAUUCGGCAACUGUAUGCUUGUUUGACUUGGACCAUUUAUAUGUGCUUGGAUGCUCACAAAACUGGCUGGAGUUGCUAAGUGAAUAUGCUUGUCUUUUCAUAGAGAUUGUGAAAUUGGAGUGCUGUAAAAGCUAAGAAAUUGACAUAGAACUCUUGCACUAAAAUACAGUAUCCUUAAUUCAGAUAUUUUAAAUUAAUCCUUAAAUGAGAAAUACCCAUUACUUUUUAUUGGUAAACAGUAUUAGUGAUUUUCUUCCUCCCUCCUGAGAGUAAUACUUUAAUUUUUUAAUACUUUGCAUCACUGUAUUUCUUAUACAUACAGUUUUAUUUGCAUGAGCCCUUCUGAUGCUUUUAAAUGCUUCUUGACUGUACUUUGAAAGUGUUAGUGGAAAAGUAGUAACUUACAUUGGACUUAAGUAGAAAUAUUCCACAUUAAACUCCACUUUACUUUAUACUGACAGGUAUCAGGACCUGAAAUGACAUAGAAAAGUCUUCAAAGCACUAACUACAAAAUGAACUCCUUCCACUUGAUGCUGAAAGGAGGUAAACUGAAACUCCAAGAAUGUUGAUCAGCUCAUUGACAAGUUACAGGAAAACCAUAUACAAGGCAACUAAAUAAAGACUAUGGAGUGAUGCUGGGUGCAAAGUACAGUGCAGCUUGAACACACUUAAUCACACUAAUGGAAAAAAAAUCUUCCUUGCAGCAAAAGAUGACAUCUCUAAUUUUGCUCAUUGGUCAUCUCAUUCUACUGAUACCUCUGAUUGGUGCUGAAGAAUGCGUUAUUUGUGAUUACUUUGUGCUUGUUGGAGAGCCUACAGCUAUUAGUUGCCCAAUAAUUACGUUGCCUGUGCUUCACUCUGAUUACAAUCUGACGUGGUAUAAAAAUGGUAGUGCUACACCAGUAACCACGGAGAGAGACAGCAGGAUCCAUCAGCAAGAGGGCUUGCUUUGGUUUAUUCCUGCAGUGCUGGAAGAUUCUGGACUUUAUGAAUGUGAUGUAAGGAACCUUAACCGCUCUAACAAAAAAACUAUAAAUUUAACCGUUUUUAAGAAUGAUAAUGGUUUGUGUUUUAAUGGAAAAAUGAAGUAUGAACAAAAAGUGGUGAGCACAAAUACUGGAAAGAUUAUAUGCCCCGAUCUAGAACAUUUUAAAAAUGAAGACGAUCAGCCUGAAGUGCACUGGUAUAAGGAGUGUAAGCCUGGAUUUCUUGAAGACAAGCGACUUCUUUUGGCAGAGGGUGAAAAUGCUGUCCUGAUUCGCAAUGUAUCUGCACAAGACAGAGGAAACUACACGUGUCGUAUGGUAUACACGUAUAUGGGAAAACAAUAUAAUGUUUCACGAACCAUGAGUCUAGAGGUUAAAGAAAGACCACCACAGAUGAGACCAGAAUUUAUUUACCCGAAGAAUAAUACAAUUGAAGUAGAACUUGGGUCCCAUGUAGUUAUGGAAUGUAAUGUGUCAAGUGGCAUAAAUGGCUUAAUUCCAUUCUGGCAAGUUAAUGAUGAGGAUGUUGAUAGCUUUGAUAGCACCUACAGGGAACAGUUUUAUGAAGAGGGGAUGCCUCAUGGAAUUGCUGUAUCUGGAACAAAAUUUAAUAUUUCAAAAGUGAAAGUAAAGGAUUAUGCUCAUAAAUUUUUCUGUCACGUCAUAUAUGGUUCUCGACAAUUUACAGCCUACAUUAAAUUGGAACGCCCAGCUCAGAACAUUCAAGUUUACUUGAUUGGAGGAGGAGUUUCUUUGAUAUUUUUAGUAUUUUUUGCUCUCCUUAUCUACAAGAUCUUCAAAAUUGAUAUUGUGCUUUGGUAUCGGGACUCCUGCCAUCCUUUCCUGGGUAAAAAAGUUUCAGAUGGGAAGAUCUAUGAUGCUUAUGUUCUGUAUCCAAAGAACAGAGCAAGCUACUUGCAUUCAUCAGAUAUUUUUGCUUUGAAGAUACUGCCAGAGGUUUUAGAAAGACAGUGUGGAUAUAACCUCUUCAUAUUUGGAAGGGAUGAUUUACCGGGUGAAGCUGUGAUCAGCGUUGCUGAUGAAAAAAUCCGUCAAAGUAGAAGAGUGAUAAUUGUUUUGGUACCAGAACCCUCCUGUUACAGUGUUACAGAAGAUGUUUCUGAAAAGCAUCUAGCCAUGUAUAAUGCUCUUAUCCAAGUUGGCAUAAAAGUAAUUCUCAUUGAACUUGAAAAAAUACAAGAUUAUGCGAACAUGCCAGAAGCCAUCAAAUAUAUUAAGCAAAAGCACGGGGCUAUCCGAUGGAAAGGGGAUUUCUUAGAAAGUUCUUACUCAGCAAGUACCAGAUUCUGGAAGAAAGUGCGCUACCACAUGCCAUCCAGAAAAAGUAUGUCUUCAUUGGGAUUGCAUUUGUUAACAAGAGACUCUAAUUCUCCCUAAAUAACAACAGAAAAAUGACACAUUGACUAAUUCAGUUCACCUAGUUGGUGAUGGAUUUAUUGAAGGUUACAUUUAUCUGUUUUGUGCAGACAAUCUCAUCCAAAUUUCCUGGAUUGAAGGUACUACAACUUCAUUUACAGAUGUGAAUCAUCCUUUCUUCUGGCCAGUUCAACAGAACAGCUUGUAAUGUCAUCAGUAGCACAGUGAUGACAUGGAAGCCAAAUAGGAAGUACAUGAGGCCUUUUCCAAGAAUUGCACUGUGAUUUUGUGGAAUUAUUUUGGUAUUAAAAAUGAAAGGGGAAAAAACUUGUCAAAAAAACCAGAAAACUUGGAUUUUUUCAGGUUGAAUAUGAAGGGAACAGUAUUAAUUACAAUGUGAUAUUAUGUAAUGGGUGUGACUGAUGCCAGUAAAUGUUUGUUUCAAUUUUUUUAAUGAAAAGACACAAAACUUUUAUUUGUUACAAGUUCAUUAUUUGCUGCCCUGUUCAGUUACCUCAAAGAUAAAUUCAGUGUGUUGUCUUCCAAGAGAAGAGGUAAGAGACAAUGUCAGCCCCCCAAAAGUGCUAUUGAACCUGACAAAGCAUAAAUACUCUUCCUUGAUCUGUUUACAUUUCAAAGAACUGUACUAUUUUUAGUCACUUGUCCCACACAGACAUCAUAAAAACACCACUGUAAUGCUGUACUGAGUGAAAAAAAAAAAAUAAUCUCCAGAAGACUUUUUUUGUCCCAGUUAAGUGGCUUAGUAUAUUUGUCCUUAUUACCCGAGCGGAAUGAUUAGCUAAUGGCAUAGACUCUCUCCUAGGGAGUACAGGAUGGUUGGCUUCAUCCCAAUCAACUUCAAGAAUCAGAUCAAGGGGCUUCAGGGAACCCACUUCUCAUGAGUCACUGUUGCUGAAGGAGAGCAGGUCUUCCCUCCUGUUCCCUGCCAGGCUGCUGGCUCUAGCAUUUGUUGAUGCUGAAGUCUGAACCUGAGUGAAUAGACUAAUGUGACAGAAAUCAUUCUUUUCCUUGGGGCAGUCUUCUCCCAGACUGGUGAUUGUAUGUGGUUCCCAGAGGAUUCAGAGUGCAGUGGGAGGAGAAAAGGAGUAGCGGGGGCCAUGCUUUUUGGUUCCAGGUGUGUUUUGAAAAUGGAGCUAAAAUAGGAUUAUUGCACAGUACAUCUUAAAAUGAGAGCCAUGCCCUGAGUUGCCCCCUGUAGCUGCUUGUUUUUCUCCUUCCCUCACUCCUGACGGUGUGAGGAAUCUGAGGCGACUGUACCUCAUUUAGAUGGGGCUGGAUGAAUUGAGGCUGGAGUUGCAGCUUCCAUACAGCUGUUUGGGAAAGGAGGUUGUUGUGAAAGUGAAUAUUGAAUUUAUUUAUCUUUUUUAAAAAAAAAUACUAUGUAUGACAUGAUUUUGUUAACUCCAAAGUUAUGUUUGACUUAUGUGUAGGCAGUGAUGUAGUUUGUAAUGGUCAGUUCUUUUUUCAGGGGAGGGAAUUGAUUUGAUUUUAAAUUACAAGAUCUGUUAGUAUAUGGAAGCUUCAGGAUUUGACUGUUUAUUGCUUUAAUUUUGCUUGCAACUCUAAAUUCCUGCUUGCAUCCUGUCGGCUUGUGUCUCGCAGCACCUUAUGCUGUGUGUGCUCCUAUUCAAAUUCCAGCUUAUCUUUUUCUGUGCAGCUCCCUUAUCUUGUAACAGACAACUUACUGUUAUGUCUAACUCUGUCACUUUCCAAGCUAUCCUUGCAGGCUGUUGCUACUACAGUACUAGGCAGAAUUUUUCCGUUUGAGUUGGUCCUUUGAUAUCUCCACUUGUCCAUCUGUUAAAACUCAUGUUCUGCAUCCUUCAGAAUUCCUCUAUUCAUUUUGGCUCUGCACUUUUGGCUUUUUCUUCUUUAAUGGCUCGGGCACGUCUCUUAUGUCUUCAUCCUCAACCAAACAAAACGGAUAGUAUGAGGAGCUAUCCCACAGAAGAACUGCAUGGUGAAUGUGGGAUAGUGUAACCCUCUUGUUCUGUCUGAUAAGUGACAAAACUAGUGGAAAUUGGUUUCUCUCCUGCCUAAAGUGCUUUGGUUAACUCAGCACAUGCUGGAAAUUUGAAACUGCCUCUGAGAGACUGUGCUUUCUGAGCUUUGUGAGUUGAGUGUGAUUUUGGGUAGAAUGGAAUAAAAAUCUCUUCAUUUCAGAUUAGGAGAGGGAAAAAAGUGCAUUUGAAACAGACUGUUUCAAACUGUCAUGGUAUCGGAAUGUCUUAUUGAUGAAUGUCAUGGAGAUAUAGACCAAUGCAUACUUAUAUUCUGUUAUCGUUCUGUGUUUUAGUCAAGAUAGAAGUGUCAAGGAAGGGACAAUUUGUGUCAUGAAAUGUCACAUUCACUUAGCUGUUGCACGUAGACCACUUUUAAAUACAGUUUGUGUUUGGUGGCAGCCUGUUGUAGUGUAAGAGAGCCUUGGGAUACAUCUGAAGUUACUGACAUCCAUCUGAGCAAGAUUAACUGUCAUGGUUUACAUCAGUAGAAGAAUUUACUGGGAUAGAAACCAUACAGUGUGGUCACAGAACUCUUCUCUAGGAAGAUCCCUAUAUCAAAUGUGAAGACUAGACACUGGAAGUUUGGCAUUUGUACUCUGAGGACUAGUGUGCAAUGCUGACUUUGCACUUCCGCCUGGACAGCUUGCAGUAUGCAGCCAAGCCAACAGACUUCCAGUGAUCUUAGGCCUCCUGAAUUAUUUUUAUUCUGACUGGAAUAAAUUGUGUGACAAACUGCUACUUGUUAUUCCUGUUUGGUGGAAAGUUAUUUGAUUGAGCCAAAAUACUGUUCUUAGAAAAAUAUUUGUUCCUUUUGAUAUAUUUAUACAAAUGGUGCCAGAGUUUUCAUGUGUGUUAUGUAAAGACGCUUUAAAGAAAAGUCCAUUUUUAAUUCAAUAAAGCACUACAUAUUUUUUUUUUCUCACAGCACUGCUUCCUUUCCCUCUCCCCCCGCCCACUUGAGUGUGCUAAGUAUGAACAAACACAAGCAGUACUCUUGACUUUAAGUGUCUUAAACAAGACUGCUGUAUUACAUCUUCCUCAGCUUGCUGAAUGUGCGUGGGAAAAGGGCCUCUUCAACCAUUGAGUUAAUCUGGUCUUGGCACAACACUUGCACUAACCACUUCACCCUGCCUGGGCAAAUGGAAACUGUGAGCUUGGUUCUGCUCUGUCCUGUACUCUCCUUAAAGUAAGGUGAAACUGGAGUAAUCCCAAGGAUGCUGCCUUGCUACCUGAGACCAACACCGUCUCCAAUAGUGCCCCACUGUGCAACCUGAGAUGUGAAGGGCGUCUCAUCAGCAGUGGAGAGACAGCCUACUCUGCUUACUUCUUUGGGCAAGCCCUGGCUUUAUAGUGUGGUUGAAAAAAGCCAGAGCCUUAGCAGUGGGGCUGUAGGUACUGGUCUUGUGUAAGAUCUCAUGGUAAUUUCAGAGCGGGUAAGGUACUUAGUAUAGGGUUUACAGAAUAAUUUUCAUUCCUAAUAGAUAGAAAGAGCUUACAAAAGUAGGGGUUUAAAAUUUGACCUGUGCUUUUUGUUCGCUGAUUGUUUUGAAAUUCUUAAAGCUGUCACUGAAUAUGGUUUCUGACCCUACUUCUAAUACAAAUAAUGCCAGCUCUGUUUACUUGCUAGUUUAAUCUUGGGCUUGUUUUUUGAUGCAAGAUAGAUAACCAGAUGAGAAAACCAUUAGAGGAGUUCUGAAAUGAGUUUUUAUAUACCUGUGUAACUCUUGCAGUGGUCGUUUUUCAGACUGUUAAGCACUUAUGUUAACUUCUAUAUAACCAGCAGUAAUAAGUCGAAUUCUAUCAGCAUAUGAAAAUCAUGAAAUAUCAGCAUUUUUGUGUAAAAUUUCCCAAAUGAAGUAUUUUCAAGACUUAUAUUGAUAAUGCUUCUGCUUUUUUUCCCAGGCCUGAUCUCUUCUAUACAUCUAUCUAAAACCUGGGCAAGAAUUCAGUCUGUAAAUUAAUAUGUUUGAGGGUGGUACACAUUUGUUGCUUCCUCUUAGGAAGGAGAUCAAUAUUAGCAUGACUUGUAUGCUGACAGCAAGGCAGCACAAAUUCUGCUUAAACAGGAGGAACUGAAUGAUUUGAUUCUGCUAAGGUGCUUUUCAUUCCCUACCUCUUCAAAGAUAAAGCACAUUUGAACUAUGCCUGUG